UAUUUUACAAAUAGUGCUGGACCAAAGACACUCAACUUUGUUUUUAAAGAUAUACUUGAAGGUCAAUUCUUCAAAAAAAAAUAAAAGAAAUGCCCCGACACAGUAAAAAUAACACUGCACUUUCGUUUUUUACCUAUGCAGAAGGUAAAGCCUUAGAUUAUGGGACAAAAAAGCAACGAUUAGGACGAGACUCUAUGAGAGAAUGUGAUGCUUGUUAUUUAUGUCUUCAAAGAGCUCGAGAGCCGGUUUGUUGUACACAGGGUCAUUUAUACUGUAAAGAGUGUAUUUUAGAAAAUAUUUUAGCACAAAAAAAAGAAAUAUUACGUCAACAAAAAUUAUUAGAAGCCAAAGCGAAAGAUGAAGAAGAGGAAGCUAAAAGAAAGGCUGAAUUAGCUAAAGAAGCCGUGAUACAAGAGUUUGAAAGACAACAAGUUAAAAUUACACCGAUUACAGCGACAAAUAGUAGCGAAAAGGGGGGGAUAAAAGCGAAGAAUGGGUCUACCAAUGGAUCUUCAUCAACAAAUGAAAACAGUAGCAAGAAAGAUUUUGAAAAGUCUCCUGAAAGUGUAAAAGGUGUUAAAGCUAUAGAAUGGACUGGAUCAUCGUCAUCUAAUAACAAAAAAAGAAAAUUUCAACUUGAUGAUGAAGAACUUACAGCCAUAGCAAAACGGGACCAAGAAGAAGCAUUAAAAAAAUUGGAAGAAGAAAGGAUUCUCGCGUCGAAACCUAAAUUACCUAAUUUUUGGCUGCCUUCACUCACUCCAUCUGCAGAUCCAGAUAAAGUAAAACAGACAAGACAACAAACAAUGUGUACUGCUUCUGAUCCGGAACAUCCAAUUAGCAUGAAAACUUUAAUACCCACAAAGUUUACAGAAGAUAAAGACCCUACUUCUAAAAAAACAAAUUUAAUUUGUCCUUCGUGUCGUAAAACUUUAACAAAUUCUCUAAAAAUUUGCUUAAUUAAACCAUGUGGACAUGUUAUUUGUAAAAUAUGUGUUGAUAAGUUUGUUAGAAAAACUAAACAAUGUUUCGUAUGCGAUAUUAAAUGCAGGGACAAAGAUAUUGUUGAUAUGUCAGGAGAAGGAACCGGAUUUGCAAGUGGUGGCGGUAAAGUAGUGGCAGAGAGGUUUGAUGUCGCGUUUCAAUAACAAUUAUUCAAAAAAAAAAAAAAAAUUACAUCA